AUGGAUUUAAACUUUAUUUUGGAAAACGACACUCAGCAGCUGGCGAGGCUAGAAGAACUUGGAUAUGACCUAGAUUCGUUAUUUAUCGUCGUAAAAGACAUUUUUUCCAUUUUCGAUGAAAUUGGCUUAGGCUCUAAAGAUACAGCAGAAAUUCUGAUGAGGCUAAAAAAUAUUCAUGAUAUUGCAACCCAUGGGAAGCCUUUACCUCCAAAUAUUGUUAUGUAUGAAAAUAGCAAACAAGCUCCAACUAGACUAGGAUUGACCAAUGAAGGAAACGGAAAAACGAUUUUAUUUAAGCUUGUGCAAGGGCAGAAUAGGCUUGAGAAAAACAACAUGCUUUAUAAAUGUGAAGAAUGUGAUGAUGAUAACCAAAUGAGAAGAGUUGACACUAGAAGACAUGUAGAAGAAGUCCAUAAUAAUUUACUAUAA